CCGCCACCACGCCCACCCACCCACCCCAAUGGAGCCACCACCACCACAGCCCCCACAGGCUCCGCCACUGUCCGCCACCACCAACAACACCGCCACUAUAUCCCCACACCUCUCAUACCCGGACUCUGUAGACUCCUCCCCCCGCUCCCGCAACACCGACUCCUGGGACGAACCUCUUCCGAGUAACGCCAAACUCCGCCUCAUGUGCAGCUACGGCGGCCACAUCGUCCCUCGCCCACACGACAAGUCUCUCUGCUAUAUCGGCGGAGACACCCGCAUCGUGCUCGCCGACCGCAACACCUCUCUUUCCGACCUCUCAUCCCGCCUCGCCAAGACCCUCCUUAACAACCGCCCUUUCACGCUCAAGUACCAGCUCCCCAACGAGGACCUCGAUUCCCUCAUCUCUGUCACCACCGACGAGGACCUCGACAACAUGAUCGACGAGUACGACCGCACAUCCUCUUCCAAUUCUCUCAAGUCCUCUCGCCUCCGCCUCUUCCUAUUUCCGAUCAAACCUGAUUCCUCGCAGUCCAUCGGCCCGAUUCUCGACAGCUCCGCCAAGUCCGAGGACUGGUUCUUGAACGCUCUCAACGCCGCCGGUUUGCUCAACCGAGGGUUCUCAGACCCGGCCUCCGUCAAUUGCUUGUUGGGUCUGGACGAUGAUGGCGUGGGUGGGAAUAAUCUGGACUCGGGCGGUGCGAGAGACGUGGAGGCUGCGCAGCCCGGAUCGUUUGGGAACGGUAAGAACGCGAAGCAGGGUCAGGAUGUUCACUCUGUGCCCGAUUCGCCUAUGCUCGAGACGACGUCGUCGUUCGGGUCCACUUCUUCGUCGCCUUCGCUGGCGAACUUGCCUCCGAUUCGGGUCCACGUGGAGGAUGGUGGUGGUGGAGGGGUUAGGGUGCAGGAUCAAAAGGUGGGGAUAGAAGAGCAGUUUGCUCAGAUUAGUGUUGGGUCUGGGCUGAAGCAAGAUGAGGCUUUUGUUGUGAUUUCAUCGCCGCCUCCGAUGCCGGUGAAUAUUGCUAUGCCGGUGAGUUCUGCGGUGGUCGCCGGUGAGUACCCAAAUCGGGUGUAUUCGGACGAUGAAAGAUCUGACCACGGCGUGCCGGUUGGGUAUCGGAGAGUACAACCGCCUGCUCAGCCUCAGCCACAGACACAACCUCAGACUCUGCCUCAACUGCCCCAACCGAAGUCAAGUGGUGGAUUUGAUUUGGCUUCCCCAGAUUCAGUUUCAAGUGAUAGUAGUAGUAUUACCAAUCCAUUGUCUCGCACAAAACCUGUAAGUUAUCAACAAGACCCAGUUUUUCAAAUCCCCUCUGGAACCACAAGGGUUCCUAGCAACCCUGUUGAUCCAAAAGUUAAUGUCUCUGACCCCAACACCCGGGUCCAGAUGCAAUCACACGUUCAGGAUUCUGGUUAUGUGUUGCAACAUCAAUUUGAUCAACAACAGCAACACCUACAACAAACACAACAGCAACAGCAACACCUACAACAAACACAACAGCAACAGCAACACCUACAACAACAACAACAGCAACAGCAACAGCAACAGCAAUUUAUACAUGGCACACAUUAUAUCCACCACUCCCCCACUGGUGCUCUGCCACUCUCGGCAUACUACCCUGUAUAUCCUUCCCAACAACAGCACCAUCAUCCCCAGCAUAAUCCACUUGAGCAGCAGUACCCGGUGUACUAUAUGCCCCCAAGGCAAGCCCAAGCUUACAGCUUGUCGGUGCAGCAAUCUAAUAUCAAUGAAGCUGCCACCGGUGUCCCUUCUAGCCGCCCCCAAACACCUCCCAAUCCUGCAAUGGUCCCUCCUGCGGCUUACAACCCCAUAAGGAAUGCCCCUAUUGGCAAGCACGAAAUGUCUGCAGGUGUAUACAGAACAGCAACCACAGGUGCUCCCCAACUAGUUCAAGUUCCUUCUACUCAUCAUCAGCAGCAAUAUGUUGGUUACUCCCAGAUGCAUCACCCAUCACAGUCCAUGGCCCCUACUUCAGCUGCUACUGCUCAGCAAUAUGCUUAUGAAUAUGCCGAUCCUGCUCAUGCCCAGAUAUACUAUACUCAGCCUAUGGCACCAACAAUGCCUUCUCAAUACCAGACCAUGACAGCAGCCUCUGGUGUAAUGCUGCCGGAAGCUUCUGCUCAGCUUCCCACUGACAACAUCAAGCAGCAGAUGAGAACUUGACAGCCAUUAUAAAUCAUUUCAGGGAGAAGAAACAAUUUUGAAGGAAUGGGUUUGGUUUGUCACUGGAUUUUCUGUUUUAGCGUCUGUCCUGUUAUUGGUUUGUGAUAAGUAUUUUGUGAUAGAUAAUAAGGAUUUUGACCCUUCUUCUAUCUUUAUUGUAUGUCAUAUUGUUGUUACUGUCAUAGGAAAUGGAAGUGGUCUGAGACUAUACUGUAAAAUCUCGAACUCAUGUAUGGUGUGCUUGUGCAGUUCAUAUAUCGUUAAGAAAAUAAAUGGUAUAUCGGUCACAAGCAUAUGUCUACUUCAGGUUUGUGAUUCAGGGUUCGUGAUGUGUACGGCCAACUUUUCUGCAAGGGAAAGAUAAAGGAAAGAGAUAAAUCUUGUUGGUUGCA